AUGCAGAACGAGCCAGGUGGUCAGUGCAAGGGGACUGAUCUGACUCGUCAUCGCCCAGGUACAUACACCAUUCAAGAGGCAGGUGAGAUUCCUCUUGACGACCUCUCAGGCAUCAAGAACUACAACGACGUUUGCGAAAGCACAGGCGUCCGGGAGUAUGAUGAGCUCACUGACAAAGGUACUGGUACCAGCUUCUGGAACGGGAAGGCGGACCCUAAGAAAGGCAAAGAACGUGUGAAGUUCAUCACAGACCUCUUUGCCAAGCGUUUUCCCCAAUUUCCUGCUUUGCUGGAAGACCCUGUUUGCGAAUUGAUGUGCGGCGCGGCUGAAGAAUUGUGGUCAGAAACCUGGGUGAACCCGUGGCCUGUGGCCCUGGAGAUGCCAGGCUCAGUGCGGCUAGCGCGGCUGGCGUGCGGCUUGAAGCACACUCUCUUUCUCAGUGCAGCUGGGGAGUUGCUUGGUUGUGGCCAAAACGCGCAGCGGCAGCUGAGCAAUGCUGUUUCUGGCUGUGUGUCCACUACACAGUUGCCUUUCAGCGAGGACAAUGGACAGCCAGUUGAGAUCUUUUGCCACUCGAGUUUGAACGUGUCAGUGGUUUUGACGAAAGAAAACCGGUUCUUUAUAUGUGGAGAAGCUGGGAGUCUCUUCAACAGCACAGGCCUCAUUGAACAAUUCCUGGCCUAUGACAGGCGGGGUCAUCAUGGCAUAUCAUGGCUAUAG